AUGGAGGCGCGGCUCGAUGUCGGCGUGUGCUAUGGAAUGCUAGGGGACAACCUCCCUUCUCCAGCAGCUGUGGUCCAACUCUACCAGCGCUACAAGAUCGGCAAGUUGCGGCUCUUCGAUCCGAACCCUGACGCACUUGCUGCGCUAAGAGGUAGCGGGAUAGAGGUCACGUUGGGCACCAAAGAUCAGGAUUUACAAAGCAUAGCAUCAAGCGUUGAUGCGGCUAAGACAUGGUUCGACACCUACGUGCAACCGUUCAUCGGUAGUGUCAAUAUUACGUAUCUUGCGGCUGGUAACGAAGUGGUCCCUGGAGAUCUUGGUAAGUAUGUACUACCUGCGAUGCAGAAUCUACAAAGGGUUAUUAAUGACUAUGGACACAGUGGGAUACGCGUAACCGCCGUGGCCCAUGGUUCUUCCUUAGGGAAUUCUUAUCCGCCGUCGAGCUCCACAAUCUCCGAUAAGGCUCGUGACGACAUGGUCGGGAUUUUAAAAUUUUUGUCGAGCAGUGGCUCGCCGUUGCUGAUUAAUAUUUAUCCAUACUACGCAUACAUCUCCGAUCCGGCAACAGUGAGAUUGGAUUACGCUCAAUUCACUGCGACGGGCACAGUGGUUCAGGAUGGCUCCUUGGGUUACUCAAACUUGCUCGAUGCGAUGGCCGACAGCUUUUAUUGGGCGAUUGAGAAGGAAGGCGUGACCAAUGUGAAUUUGGUAAUUUCAGAGAGCGGCUGGCCUUCGGCUGGAAAUGGGGACUUCACCACUCUUGAGCUUGCACGAACUUAUAAUCAGAACCUUGUGAAGAGGUUUCUGGCCAAUACCGGGACGCCUAAGCAUCCGGACCGUAGCUUGGGAGGCUACAUCUUCGGCAUGUUCAAUGAGAAUCAGAAACCUGCCGGCAUCGAGCAAAAUUUCGGACUAUUUAAUCCCGACGGAACACCGGUUUACGAUAUAGUGUUUAAUUAA